CCCAGCGCGGCGGCAACUGAUGCUGGACGCUCCCAAAAAAACUUGCGCAAAGCCUUUUCCUCUUUUUCCUAGUGUUGAUGAAUCUUGGACUGAAGCGUCACAAAGCGAAGUCAGAGUGUGGUUGUUUUUCCAUUUCGUCUGAAGCUCGCAGGACGCAGGUGGCUUGAAAACUGGGACAAUUGCUGUUUAGUUUGACGAGGAUGGCUGCGGCUCUCUAGACAACUGCCUCCCGGCAGGAUGCUAUGAUGUGAUCGUGGAUUUCCAGCAGAUAUUAAAGACUUUUCCCCCUCCUGUAAGCUUUUUUGAAGAUUCCUGUUGCAGAGAGGAUGGAUGCACUUUUUGGUCAUUCCACAAAGGGUGACUGCGUGAUGUAAGAGCCAUGAAGCCUCAUCUGAGGGGAAUUAUGCGCCCUCUUCCUCUUCUUUUACACCAUGUUUGCUUUCUCCUCACCCACCCCAUUCCAUUGCUCCAUGGCCAGUUGUUGCCCGAGGCGAGGACCGGACAGAGCCUGCUGCUCUUCACCCGGCCUGCCUACAACGCCUCCAUCUUUGAGAACUCCGCAGCAAGAACCUACACCAGCAGUGAGGUCAAAAUGGGGAUCGUUCUGGGGCCGCCGCCCCCAUCCUUUGAAGUCCAGUUUUCCAUUGAAUCUGGUGACAGCGAGGGAAUCUUCCACGCUGAGGACUUUGCGAUGGGAGAUUUCUGUUUCCUCCGCAUUCGCACAAACAGCGGCGCCAUGUUGAACAGGGAGGUACAAGACAAUUACACGCUGACAGUCAAGGCAUCCGCCCAGGGAGGCCUGGAGGCACUGGCUACUGUUUAUAUAAAAGUUCUGGACACUAAUGACCUGCGACCACUUUUCUCCCCGACCUCCUAUUCUUUUGUGGUAUCUGAGAGCGCUCAGCUGGGUGCCAGCAUCGGUCGUGUGACGGCCACGGAUGCUGACAUGGGCUCCAACGGGCAGUUUUACUACUUCUUCAAGAACAAAGUGGAGCUCUUUGGCGUGCACCCGACCAGUGGUGUGAUCACACUAACAGGCCAGCUCCGGAUGGAUAAGCAAGAGCGCUUUGAGCUGGAGGUGCAGGUGGUGGACAGGGGCAUGAAGCUCUACGGCAACAACGGCAUCAGCAGCACCGCCAGACUUGUCAUUACCGUCAUGCAGCUCAAUGAGUUUGCACCUGUUCUCAGGGCGCUUGCCGUCAUUCCGUCCUGGACUGAUAGGAACCCGGUUGUUGCCAAAGUGGCGGUGAAGGAUAAAGAUGAGGGGGCAGGCGGGUACAUAGAGAGGGUGUCCAUCAUUAGUGGUGAUCCAUUUGAACAGUUUGUGAUUGAACGAUCGCCUCUGGGGGAUGAGUACUGGGUGAGGGCAUCACAACAGGUGGACUGGGACAAAUACCCGUAUGGCUGCAACCUAACCUUUCAGGCUAAAGACAGAGGAGCCCCUCCGAAGUUUUCUAACACACAAACGGUUCAUUUGCUGGUCUCAAAGCCAGAACCCAUAUUAGGGAAUUUUGAGAAAGACGUUUAUGAAGUUGUGCUGAGUGAAAUUGCUCCCCCGGGGACUUUUGUAGAGGUGGUGAGAAUAUUCCCUCCUCCCACAAGCGUCAAUUACAGCUUCAGCAGCCUCUCAGAACUAAUGUACUUUGAUAUAAAUCCGUUAAAUGGCGUGAUUAUGACCUCAAGGCAUCUGACAAGCAUAUCACAGAUUUUCAUGGAGAUGGAAGUGCUCGAUGCUGUCAGCCAGCUGAGUGCAAAGGUCCGAAUCACCAUCGAGGAUGCUAAUGACAACUUUCCAGUAUUCAGUCGGCCGUUUUACGACAUUUCCAUCAAUGAAAGCUUAGCUGUCGGUACUGUUGUUCUUGUCGUGUCCGCUGUGGACGAUGAUAAAGGAGAGAAUGGCUACAUCACCCACAUAAUCAGCGGCCAGCAGUGGCUACCUUUCACAAUAAAUCAGGACACUGGCGAGGUCAGGAUCACACGAGACCUGGACUUUGAGUCAUCAGAGGAAAUCUAUUCAUUUGCGGUGCGGGCCUCAGACUGGGGUUCACCCUACAGAAGAGAGAGUGAGGUCAACGUAACCGUUCGUUUGAUAAAUGUAAAUGACAACCCGCCUGUCUUUGAAAGGGUUUCAUGCAGAGGAAUGAUAGGUCGGGAUUUCCCUGUCAGCCAGACAAUUGUCACGCUGUCGGCUGUGGACAUGGACGAACUGGGAAUGGUGAAGUAUAAGAUGGUCUCAGGAAACGAGCUGGACUACUUUAAUUUGAACGCAGAGUCUGGCGCCUUGUCACUGAAGAGAUCAUUAGCAGCUGCAAAUUUAAAAAGUGGGAUGUUCAACUUGAAAAUAGUCGCCACAGACGGAGAGAUGUUCUCUGAUCCAAUGUUUGUGAAUGUAUCCGUAGUGAGGGGCUCAGCGCCACCCAGGGAGCUUAACUGUAAGGACACUCAGGUGGUCCAGAUGAUGGCGGAGAAAAUGCUGUCAAAGGCUUCGGCUAUGGCUCAAGCAAGACAAGAGGAGAGAAGUCCUGACAUCUUCUCUACAAACAAACAGGCUCCGCAGUUUGAGGCAUUGCCAACAAGUAUUCUAGUCCGUGAGGACCUUGCGCCUGGAGCUAGCGUAUUCCAGGUGAGGGCGCGGGACGGCGACAUGGGCUUCAACGGCCGUGUUCUCUUUUCCAUAUCGAACGGGAACAAAGAGAAUUGUUUGACCAUUAACAUGGACAACGGCUUGCUGACUGUCCUGCAGCCGCUUGACCGCGAGCGAACCGACCGCUACUUCCUCAACAUCACCAUCUACGAUCAGGGCAUCCCUCAGAUGUCCAACUGGAGGCUCCUGACUGUCAUUGUGGAGGACGCCAAUGACAACGAUCCACAGUUUACCCAGGACACCUUCUCUGCUCUCGUCGCUGAAAAUGCUCCUGUGGGUUCUGAGGUUAUCACCAUCACUGCAUUUGACAAAGACAUGGGGCAAAAUGCACAGUUGUCCUACAUCCUGCUGACCAGUGUCCCUCAUUUUGGCAUUGACAGCGAGACAGGGAGUGUUUUUGUGGCCAACCACUUGGACAGGGAGAGCUUCCCUACAUUCACGUUGAAGAUUGAGGCCAGAGACAAGGCCGAAAGAGGCAACAGGAGGUCAUCUGUGACCACUUUGAACAUAAUAGUGGAGGACGUCAAUGAUUGUGCACCAUCCUUUAUCCCGAGCACUUAUAGCACUCGAGUACCAGAGGACCUCCCGCCAGGGGCUGUCAUUAUGUGGGUGCAGGCCAAGGACCCAGAUGUCGGCCCUGGUGGUCAAGUCAAAUACUCCUUGUCCAAUGACUUCAAUGGCACUUUUGAGAUGGACACAACGAGCGGAGUGUUGAGAGUCAGGAAGGAGCUGGACUUUGAGAAGCAACAGUUUUAUAACCUCACCUUACUGGCCGAAGACAGGGGAAAGCCCACCCACAGCAGUCAGACAUAUGUGGAGGUGGAGCUGGUGGACGUCAAUGAGAAUUUAUACGCGCCGUACUUCUCUGACUUUGCCGUGAGAGGCUCAGUGAAGGAGAACUCUCGAGCGGGGACAAGUGUCCUGGUGGUCGACGCAAAGGAUGAUGACAGAGGGAGGGACGGCGUGUUGAAGUACUCCAUCAGAGGAGGCAGCGGACUGGGCGCCUUCACCAUCGAUGAAGACACAGGGGUGAUUUACACUGCAGGCAUCCUGGACUGUGAGAGCAAAGACUCCUAUUGGCUGACAGUCUAUGCUACAGACAGAGGGGUCUCGCCCCUGUCGGCUUCUGUUGAGGUCUUCAUCCAGGUGGAGGAUGUCAACGACAAUGCGCCACUCACCUCUGACCCCAUCUACCACCCGGUCGUCAUGGAGAACUCGCCCAAGGACGUGUCUGUCAUCCGCAUCCAAGCGCAGGACCCCGACCUCACCGCCACGCCCAGUCGUCUGAGUUACCGCAUCACCGCCGGCAACCCGCAGAACUUCUUCUACAUCAACCCAAAGACAGGCCUGAUCACAACAACAGCGAGGAAACUGGACAGAGAACAGCAAGCGGAACACUUCCUGGAGGUGACAGUCAUAGACGGGCCGGUGACCACCCGCCAGUCCACCGUGUGGGUCAUGGUCCACGUGGAGGACGAGAACGACAACCCGCCCAUCUUCCCCGAGGUCACCUACCGCAUCAGCUUGCCCGAGCGGGACCGCAACCGACGGAGCGAGCCUGUCUACCGCGUCUUUGCACACGACCGCGACCUGGGCGCCAACGCCAACGUCAGCUACAGCAUCCUGGAUGGCAACCCGGACGAGACGUUCGGCAUCGACCCGCGCACCGCCAUGGUGUCGUCCAAGAAGGCGGUACCGGCGGGCAGCUACCAUGUCCUCACUAUUAAAGCGGAGGACGGCGGCGACCCCCCGCUGUGGUCCACAGUCAAACUCCAUGUGGAGUGGAUCCGCAAGCCCACGCCCUCACCGCUGCCCCUGCUGUUCACGCAGCGGUGCUACAACUUCUCCGUAGCGGAGACAGCCGCCGUGGCCCAGCCCGUGGGGGUGGUAGCCGUGGGACAGUCCAACACCCCCGUCUGGUUCAACAUUGUCGGUGGACGAGUGGCAAGAGAAAUGUUCUACAUUCCGCAGAAUGCAUGCGGUAGAAACUGCUCGCUCGACACAGGAAGCUUCGACAUGCAGUUUGACCUCCAAGUGGGUGUGGGGACCCUGGUGGUGGCCCGGCCGCUGGACGCUGAGGUGCAGACCGUGUACAACAUGACCGUGCAGGUGACUGAUGGCACCAGCGUUGCCACUACACAGGUUUUCAUCCGUGUCCAAGACAGCAACGACAACCCUCCGGUCUUCUCUCAGCCGGCCUAUGACAUCAGCGUUUCAGAGGACGUCCCGGUGGACACGGAGCUGCUGCGUGUCCGAGCAUCAGACAUGGACGAACGCAGCCGCCUCAGCUUCUCCAUCUACGGCAGCGUUGACCCGGCCAGCAUGAGGCUGUUCAGGGUCAACCCGGGCACGGGCGUCGUGUACACAGCAGACCGGCUAGACUACGAGGCUCGAACGCAACACAUCCUCACGGUCAUGGUCAAGGACCAGGAGUUCCCAUUCAACCGGGACCUGGCCCGAAUCCUGGUGGCAGUGGAAGACUCAAACGACAACAUUCCCUACUUCACGAGCACCAUCUAUGAUGCUGUGGCCUUCGAGUCUUCUGCCGUCGGCACGUCAGUUCUGCAAGUCACGGCACUGGACAAAGACAAUGGAAUUAACGGCCAACUCACCUACACCAUAGAAGCAGGCAACACUGGGGGUGUGUUUGGCAUAAAUAACAACACAGGACUAAUCUUCAUCGCCAAGGAGCUGGAUCUCACCUCUGUGGGCUUUUACACGCUCACCGUGCAAGUCACCGACAGUGGAUUUCCUCCGCUAAUGGCCUCAUCUUCUGUCCGUGUCUCCUUGAUGCUCUCCGAUUUGUCCAAACCAAAAUUCUCUCAGAAGGAGUAUCAGGCGGAGAUCAUGGAGAACAGCACCGCUGGAGCUUAUGUGAUCGCCGUCAGCGCGCUUAGCCGCUUGGCACUCACUUAUGACAUCACCAGUGGCAACGAGGAAAACUGCUUCUUUAUUAAUCACCACACCGGCGUCAUCAGCACACGCACACUCUUUGACUUCGAGAAAACACCGUCCUACUUCCUGCUGGUUCAUGCUUUAAGCAUGGCGGGCGUAGAGGCCAACGCCACAGUCGUCGUGCAGGUGGGGGACAUCAACGAUAAUGCUCCUAUCUUCCAACAAAUAAGGUACGUGGGGUCCAUCAGUGAGGCGGCCCCAGUCAACAGCGUGGUUCUGGCGGAUGACGGCAACCCUCUGGUCAUCCGGGCGACCGACGGCGACAGCAGUCACAACGCUCUGCUGGUGUUUCAGAUUAUAGACGAGACCGCUCGCAUGUUCUUCAGUGUCGACCCAGGGACCGGAUCGAUCCGGACGAUUGCCAGUGUGGAUUAUGAGACCUUCCCCGAAUUUGUCUUCAGAGUUCAUGUUAGCGACAGUGGCCAGCCUCCAAAAAGUGCUGACAGCCCUGCGGAGGUGUUCAUAAAGGUCAUCAACAUCAACGACUCGCCCCCAAAGUUCUCUCAGGAUAUGUACGAGACCAUCCUCCUGCUGCCAACCUACGUGGGUGUUGAGGUCCUGCGGGUCGAAGCAUUUGAUCCAGACAUGACCUCUGAUCCUAACAAGUCCCACACCCAUCAACUGGUCUACUCUCUGGUAGACCGAAACCUGGAGCACUUCACGGUGGACCGCAGCAGCGGGGUUAUAACGGUCAUCAAUCACAACCUCAGCAAAGACCGCUAUCGAUUCAACGUAAAGGUUUGGGAUAGCCGUUUCUCCAGUGUGGCGUUGGUCACGGUACUCGUCCGUCAAGCUGUCAACAGUGGCCUCUCCUUCACCGCCUCGUUCUACUCUGCCUCCGUUCGAGAGAACACAUGGAACGUGACCGCACUCACUGUCGUGAACGGCGUGGGCCACGGCCUCAAUGAGCCGCUCAGGUUCUCUCUGCUUAAUCCUGGUGGGCUUUUCACCAUCCGGCCGACGUGCGGGGCGCUGCUCACGGCCGGGGUCCCCUUUGACCGAGAGGAACGAGACAGUUACGAGCUGGUAGUGGAGGUCCGUAAAGAGGAUGAGGUACUUAAGGUGGCAAGAGUCACUGUCAGAGUGCAGAUUGAAGAUGACAACGACAACGCCCCCGAGUUUUUGAGCCUGCCCUACUAUGCCACAGUACAGGUGGAAGCAGAAGCUGGGUUGUCUAUUUUCAGGGUGUUGUCCACUGACCGAGACCUGGGUGUGAACGGGCAGGUGACCUACAGCCUCAAAGAGCCACACAGGAACUUCCAGGUGAAUCCUGUAACAGGUGAGUUGGUGUUAAAGACAGCGUUCGAGACGGACUUGUCUAAUGCAGAGUACAAGGUGGUCAUCGUGGCUGCGGAUGGCGGCACCCCCUCCCUGUCUAGCGAGGUGGAGCUUCCUAUCACCGUGCUCAAUAAAGCCAUGCCAGUGUUUGACAAGCCCUUCUAUGGCAUCACGGUCCCAGAGGAUGUGCCCGUGUCCACCUCACUCCUGAGCGUCAAUGCCACCAGCCCGACAGGACAAGGCAUCAUCUUUACCAUCGCAGGUGGUGACCCUUCGCUCCAGUUCAACAUCGGCUUCGACACGGGCAUCAUCAGCGUGGUCUACCCGCUCGACUAUGAGACCACGCAGUACUACCGCCUCACUGCCAGGGCCACCGACACGCUGACAGGGGCCAAGUCAGAGGUGGACGUGGACGUUGUUGUGCUCGACGUCAAUGAUAACCCGCCGUACUUCCAAAAGCCAUCAUACUCGGCCGUGUUGGCGGAGAACGCCAUGAUUGGAACGAGCGUCUUGCAGGUGUCUGCUCAGGACCAAGACUCAGAGAAGAACUCUGCAGUGAGCUACCAGAUUGUAGCAGACCUGUACAACAGCACCGACUACUUCCACAUCGAACGUGACAGCGGCCUGGUCUUCACGGCGCGGUUGCUUGACUACGAGCUUGUGCAGCGCUUCAACUUCAUCAUCAGGGCAACAGACAGCGGCGAGUCCGCUCUCGGCAGCGACGUCAGCGUCACCGUGGCCAUCGCCGACACUAACGACAACCCCCCCAACUUCAGCCAGUCGCUGUAUGAGGCUUUCGUCAGCGAGCUCGCCCCCCGGGGACACUUUGUGACCUGCGUCCAGGCGUCAGAUGCCGACAUUGGCGACGCCCAGAGGCUGAGGCUUCCCGCCCUCAGGUACAGCAUCGUGUCCGGGAACGAGAGGAUGAUGUUCAUCAUGGAGGAGGAGUCUGGCGUGCUGCGUCUAUCUAACAAGAGACGACAAGGCAUGAAGCUCUCGUAUCAGCUCAAUGUGUCUGUGUCAGAUGGCGUCUUCACCAACACGGCACAGGUGGUCGUUCGUGUCCUGGGAGCCAACCUGUACAGUCCGGUAUUCAGCCAGAGGUUCUACUUAGCAGAGGUCAGAGAGAAUGCACCGCCAAGGUCAAAGGUCAUCCAGGUCCGUGCCACAGAUGAAGACUCCGGGCUGUUUGGCCAGAUCACCUACUCUUUCAUCAACGACUUUGGGAAAACUCGCUUCACCAUCGAUGCUGAUGGAGUCAUUUCCACCCUGCAGAAACUGGACCGGGAGAAUCCUCAGAACAAGGACAUCGUGCUGACUGUAAUGGCGCUGGAUGGCGGAGGACGUGCUUCGUUUUGCACGGUGCGAGUGGUUCUAGCUGACGAGAAUGACAACGCACCACGUUUCAGGGCAGUGGAGUACCGCAUGAGCAUCAAAGCCAAUGUUGGCAAAGGUUCCCUGGUCACACAAAUCCAGGCCACCGACCCCGACGCCGGACCUAACGGGAGGAUCAUCUACUCCCUCUAUAGUGAGGCACGCUUGUCGCUGGUCGACGUUCUGGAGGUGGAGUCAGACAGUGGCUGGAUGAUGACAAAGAGUAACGUGGACCACCUCCAGGGGACUGUGUUGUCCUUCUUCGUGAAAGCCACUGACUGCGGCUCGCCGGCCAAACACUCACUGGUGUCGGCUUUCAUCCACGUCGUUCCUCCGGACGCAUACAUUCCCUCCUUCAGCCAGCCGCAGUACUCCUUCACCAUUCCUGAGGACACAGCGGUGGGAAUGGCACUGGGCUCCGUGUACAUGGGCCUCGGGCAGACCGGAUCCUUCACCUCGAUCGGGGGAGAGACACUCGACAGCAACCAUGGGGGGACCUUCCUGGUGGAGGGUGACACCGGCCUGAUCCGCCUCGUCAAGCCACUGGACUACGAACAGAUCAGCAUCUAUCGCUUCAAGGUUGCAGCCACGACCAGACGGGACCUGAUCGAGUCCAUUACCAGCGUAGACCUGGAAGUCAAGGUCCUGGAUGUGAACGACAACAAUCCAGCAUUUGAGACUGAAGCCUAUGUGGCCACAGUGAUGGAGGGGAUGCCAGUCGGGACCAGAGUGGUGCAAGUGCGAGCCCUCGACCCAGACUGGGGCUCCAAUGGACAAGUCACCUACAGUCUGGGGCCUCUUCUCACCAAUAACCAGGACCUUACAAAAGACCUCCAACCCCUCAUCGUCACCAGUUCUGUGUUUGCAGUCGACAGCAAAACGGGCUGGAUCACCACCACCAGCCCCAUGGACCACGAGGCCUGCUCCAGCUACAGCUUCCAGGUGCUGGCCUCCGACCUGGGGGAGUCGCGCUCCCUCUCUUCCACCACUGUGGUGACCAUCACCGUUUCCGACGUCAAUGACAACGCCCCGCACUUUGAGAGGCAGCUGUACCGCGGUGCCGUCAAGGAGAGCGACCCCCUCGGCGAGGUUGUUGCGGUGCUGAAGACCAGAGAUCGAGACGGGACUGAUCAGAACCGCCUGGUCAACUUUUACAUCACUGGAGGGAACCCGCGGGGCGUCUUCGGCGUAGCGCUGGUUCAGGGCGAGUGGAAGGUGUACGUCAGCGGCCUGCUGGACCGCGAGCAGCAGGACUGGUACCUGCUCAACAUCACCGCCAGCGACGGGCUGUACGUGGCCCGCACCGCCGUGGAGGUGACCGUCAUGGACGCCAAUGACAACAGUCCCGUCUGCAAUCAGGCCGUGUACAGCGCCUCCUUUCCCGAGGACAUCGCCCCGAACAAGGGUGUCCUGACCGUGGGAGCGACAGAUGCUGACUCAGGCUCCAGUGCUGAGAUCCAAUAUUCACUCUUUGGCAUCGGCGUGGAAGACUUCUACAUGGACGCUAACACUGGUGAGCUGCGCACGGCGGCGCCCAUGGACCGCGAAACCACACCCAGCUACAAACUCAUCGCCCAGGCGACGGAUGGAGGCGGGCUCUUCUGCCGCUCUGACGUCUCCCUCAAGGUCCUGGACGUGAACGACAACGCACCCUCGUUCGCGUCCUUGCGCUACGUGGCAAGCGUUUAUGAGAACGCCGCCCCCAACACUCUCCUCACGCGGCUGCAGGCCAGCGACCCUGAUGAAGGCCUCAAUCGGACUGUGGCCUACUCUCUGGUGGACUCAGCCAACGGCUACUUCUCUAUUGAUCCAGUUUCUGGGGUGGUGGUUCUACAGAGAACCCUGGACAGAGAGAGCCAGGACUCCUAUCGGCUACGCGUCCGGGCCAGUGACCAAGCUGGGUUGCAGGGGGCGCUGUUCUCUCAGGUGGACUUGACUGUGUUGGUCCUGGACGUAAAUGACAAUGCACCGGUAUUCCAGAGGCGUGACUACGCCGUGACCGUCCCCGAGGACGUGGCUGUGGGUACUGAGGUGCUCCGAGUGCUGGCGACGAGCGCCGACAUCGGUCCCAACGCCGAAAUCACCUACAGGAUCCGCUCUGGCAAUGAGUUGGCAAAGUUCUCCAUAAACAGAAUCCUAGGAUCCAUCUCUGUGGCUGAUGAUUUGGACUUUGAGGUGUGCAAGGACUACUAUCUGACAGUGGAGGCCUGGGAUGGCGGGAGCCCUCCACUUAGUGCUGCCACCAUGGUAACCAUCGAGCUCAUGGACGUCAACGACAACACCCCAGCCUUCAGUCAGGAUGUCUACAACGUCCUGGUGGGUGAGGAUGCGCCGGUUGGACAGUCAAUAACGAAGGUGCUAGCGGAGGACCUGGACAGCCAAGUUAAUGGACGCAUCACCUACUCCAUCCUGAAAGGCGAUCGUACUAACCACUUCUGGAUCGACCCGGUGACGGGGCUCCUCAAAGUCAAUAAGCGUCUGGACAGGGAGCUGGUGUCCCGGUACACUCUGUCAGUGCAAGCCUUUGACAGUGGCUCACCCGCCAUGUCCUCUACUGUCAGCAUCAACGUUGACAUUGCUGAUGUCAAUGACAACCCGCCCAUCUUUACCCCACCCAACUCCACCGCUGUCGUCCAGCUGAGCCAGGCCGCAGGCAGUGUCCUGCUCAAGCUGUCUGUCAGCGACAAAGACUCCCCCAGGAACGGCCCACCCUUUGAAUUUCGCCUCAUUUCUGGUAACGAGGGAGGUUUCUUCACCUUGGACCAGACAGGAACGCUGAGAUCUGAUCGUGUUUUUGGGUCUGAAUCCCCCAGGGAAUUCACCCUAGAGGUCCAGGCCAGCGACUCUGGCAGGCCCCCUCUUGUCUCGUCGUCCUGGAUCUUUCUCCGUGUCAUUGGGAACAGUCAGUAUAAGCCGGCUGUCUCUUCCUUGGAAAUCAUCAUAGUCACAGCAACAGACACCUUCCAGGGUGGCCUGAUUGGUCGCAUCCACGCUACAGACCGUGACCCCAACGACGCGCUGUCCUUUACCCAGAAGCCUCAACCCAAAAGCAUGUUUAGCAUCAACAGACAGGACGGCAGAGUUUCGGCUCUGCCAGGCUUAGAACCAGGAAGGUACCAGAUAAACGCCACAGUCAGCGACGGGCGCUUUGCAGUGAUUGCGGAUGUUUCAGUCCAAGUGGAACAGGUGACGGAUGUUCUACUGCGUAGCGCUGUCACUAUGAGGUUCAGCUCCUUAUCCCCCAAAGACCUGCUGGGACACUACCUCAGCCAGAUCAAACUCACCUUGCGUGCGCUGGCAGGCUGGAAAUGGUCACCAGGACAGCAGGAUCCACUUCACAUCCUUGGUGUGCAGCCAGUGGAAGGCAAAUCUGACGUAGACCUCUUUGUGGCUAUCGAGCGGCCGGAGUCAUCCCGUGCCGGGCAAUUGGGAGGUUUCUACUCAGAAUCGGAGGUGGCUGCAAAACUGGGGGAAGCAGCGACGAGGGGCCAACUCCGAGGGGUCCUGGCUGGGGCCAUGGUGGUCAGCAGUUCCUGCUCCGGCGAGCUGCCGUGUGGAGACAAGGUAUGCGAGCAAGUGAUGGUGAUGGAGGCUGGCUCACUGGUCACCUACAGCACAGAAAGGGUCAGCUUGGUGUCACCACGAUUCAGGCGGAUUGAGACAUGCACGUGUCCAGGAGGAGCAUGCUCUGCCCCUGUGGAGCUUUGUGAAGGUCAGUCUUGUCCUGCAGAUAUGCAGUGUGUUCGUUCUGGCCCGAUGGCGCCAUCUGUCUGCCAGUGUCUACCUGAACGCCUGGAGGAGUGUGCCGGCCAAACCUCGCUGAGUUUUUCUGGCAACAGCUACAUUAAGUACAAAGUGACGGAGGGCGUCCAAAGUGGCGAGAUGAAGCUCAGCCUGAAGGUCCGUACCCUGCAGACAAGAGGCGUCAUCAUGUUCACCAGGGUCAACCCCUGCACCAUGCUCAAGAUUGAAGCAGGUCGCCUGUGGUUCCAGCUGGACUGUGACAACACCCUGGGCAUCAUGGGAAUCUCCGGGAGACAAAUAAAUGACGGCCUGUGGCACGCCGUUGCCUUGGAGUUGACACGGAAUUACACCCUGCUCUCGCUGGACGACAGCUACGUGGAACGGCGGCGUGCAGCCACAGCGCCUGUCCGACUCUGGCCGGUGGCCCCAGAAUCCUCCUUUUUCUUUGGUGCGCAAGUGAGGCCCCCUCCUGGUGGGCAAGGUGAGCAGCCGGGCCCUGAGGCGGUGGCUCCGAGAGCCCAGGAUGGCUUCCAAGGCUGCCUGAGCUCGCUGAUGCUCAACGGCAAGGAGCUGCCUCUCCAGAACAAGCGGAGCCGCUACGCUCAGAUAGCUGGGCUGAGUGAAGUCAAGGUGGGCUGUGUCCUGUACCCGGACACUUGUGUCAGCAUGCCCUGCCUCAAUGGAGCCAUGUGCAGCAGUCUGCCCUAUGGAGGUUUUGCAUGCACUUGCAUCUCUGGCUUCACUGGGGGGCGCUGUGAGCUCCUAGUGACGCCCUGUAACCCCAGCCCUUGCCAGAAUGGGGGCGACUGCCAAGCUUUAGGCAGCGGGUUCGUCUGCGGCUGCCCGCCUGGACUGGGGGGUCUUAUAUGUGACGAGGACGUCGAUGAGUGCGAACAGGCCGAGUGCUACAAUGGCGGCGAAUGCGUCAACACGCUGGGGUCGUUCUACUGCAACUGCACGCCGGGCUUUGAGGGACGGCUCUGCAGCGACGAGGGGGACGAAGAUCCGGGCGACGACACGCAGGCAGAGCCUCUGUCAUACAUUGGGCCUGGCGAGAUCAUCGGCAUCGGCGUCCUCACCUUUGUCAUCGUCGUCCUCCUCAUCCUCUUCAUUAUCUUCAGGAAAAAGAUCCAGUUCAGGAAGGACUCGGCGGCGGGGGUGUGUCCUCCGGGGGGUGUGAUGGGUGUGUCGGCCAUCACGGAGACCAGCUACAUGCUGCACAAGACGGGUAUGGGUGCUGAGGGCAUCGAAUUCAAGGCGGUGCGUGUGUCGGGUUCGCCAGGGAAGACGAGCGCCGGCAGCGAGGCAGGCGGUUGCGGCGUUGCAGGCCCCCCGCAGGUCGUGGUGCGGCCUAACGCCCACUCGCCUCUGCUGGGGGGGCACCAGAGCAGAGAGGGGGACGAGAGCGAAGGCAGCCGGCUGAGCAACUUCCUUGCCGACAUGUCCAACAUCAGAACCAACAGGAAGGGCGUGGCUGUGUGCAGCGUGGCCCCCAACCUGCCCCCGCCAUGCCGUCCUGAGCACAGUCCCAUCCACAAGGUGUCUUGGGAGGGCGGGGAUGCCAGGGACGGGACGGUUGAGAGGAGGCGGGAUGGGCGGGAGGACGAGUGGGGGCAGAGGGCGUUUGAAAUGGAGAGGACGGACGAGAGCCACAGCACCCCGCAGGGUGAGCCAUCACGUUUGGAGAACGACGCAGUCGGUCUCUCGUCAGACUCAACGUCCGAGGAUCUCAGCUCGUACACUUCAGAGUCCUUUGACGACAAUGCCUCCAUAGUGACAGUCAUACGUCUGGUCAACGACACGGUUGACCACGUUGAAAGUGAAGUGUCCAACAUGGACAAGGAGCAUUGGCAGCACAGUCCUGCCUACCAGUGGGACUCCUCCUGCCACACCUCCAGCUGGUUCUCACCAUCCCGUCUACGUCUGCCAGAGGUGGGCUCCCAUUACAACCUGAGUGAUACCCAGCAAAGCAUCAGGCGGGGGGGCAGCACCCGCUCGCUGCAGCUGGACUACCGGAACCCGGUCCCGAGCACCGACAGAAGCCGAGAGCCGGGUCAGGAGGUUGGGCGGAGGGCCUUCCAGUGGGAGAAGAACCAGUCGGGGGAGUGGCAGAGGAAGAGGUGGCAGGAAGGGGAGGGGCGGAUCCGGAGCAGGGAUGCCGGGGCUCGGCAGGACCGGAGGGGCAGCUGCUCCUCGCCGGUCUACGAGGAAUACCGAGAGCCCAGACGGGAUUCGGAGCAGAGCGAAGACUCGGAGGGCCUUUAUGACACUCUGCCCCCGUCACGAGAAGCCUACGAGGGAUACCCAUCAAGCCCACCCGGCCUCAGCUUGCACCCGGCCCAGCUUCUACCCCCUCUCAGGGCGUGGGACUUACAUGCCAGCGAGAACUGGAGGGGGUCCAGAGAGGGGAGCGGAGGCGGUCUGGGCUCCAGCAACGUGACGGGUUCUGGGGACGAGCUGGAGAGACUGUUGAACCUGGUUUCGCUACGAGCCAGGAGGGCCACACGGACCAACAGAACCUCCACCGGGUCAGAGCCAGCUGCGGGCUGGGACGGAUUUAAAUGAACUUUCAUAAAUGACAGAAAGGGGGCGACCUUGAUUCAGCAUCUUUAAAUACACUGCCUGGGAUGGAUGACAUUAGCAUAUAAAUGUAAACAUCUAAACGAUAUGUUGAUGAGUCCACAUUCAUAUCCCGCAGGAAGCCACCGCUAAUCCCCAUCAAUCCCUUGGCUCAAUCCGUGGUGCACAUACUUGUGCCCGCCAACACCUGAGCAACAUCCGAUUUCAGAAGUGUGUCCCCCCCACCCUACCCCCGCCUCAGAAAAACCCACCGCAGACAUCACAUGAUGAGCCUCGUUAGCGGCACUUGUUUUCAGGAUAGAAGUUCUGGGCCUCAUCCCGCACGUUGCCUCAGAGAUGUUAUUAAGAUUAGCUCCAACCUACGCCGGGGGAGGAGUGGGAGGGGGGGGGCAUCUUUGUUUAAUCAUUUCGUUACUCUGCAAUGAUUUAUUUCAUAACGACGGAGGUCGUAUGGCGGCCGAGCAGCACCGACCAUCAAAGCAGCAGUUGUCCGAAUGAUAAUUCAAUAAGACACUUUGAAGACCGCACACACACACACACACACACACAAACACACACACACACAGCCUCUACUUUCACUCCGCUACUUGUUAGGUGUCUUCUUUUCUUAAUAUGAAUAAAUUGUGGGCAUAGUGGAACCUGUGUUUGUCAUCCCUGGCUGUUCAAACUAGACCUCCAACAAGGCUUCCUAAUUUGGAUUAGCAGCAACAUUGCUAAACCCUCAAAGUGUCCCACUGUUAGGACUGACUGGAAUCACUUCUUGUUGCUUUUGUGAUUUACAAUUUCCCAUCAUGUCCACGGUCCGUCAGUGGUCACUGAUGUCGAGUACACACUCGCUCUUGGCCAAUCGUACCACGCCUGGGCUCACUUCAGACUUAAAUGUCCGUCAUGUUUGGCGAGUGUGAGUGCACCGAGAGGCAGGGCAGAGCACGGCGUGAUUGCACGCGCAACAUAGCCGAGUCAUAGAAUGACUGAGAUGCGAUCGCGCCUCGCAAAUGCUUCCUCAUAUCCGGCACAUUUCAUAAUAGAAAUAAACAGAAAGACUCCAAAUGAUCCAUUCAUACAUCACCCACCCAUGACAUGAAUUAAUGCGGUGACAACCGCCACCAGAACGCUGCCAAAUUAGACUGGAAAUAAUCCACAGAGAAAUUGUUGUGCUACAGUAAACAUGAAGUUAUGGCACUCGCACACGGGACAAAGCACAAGUGUUCAGUGUUAGCGCAGGUGAGUACUUGGUUGUUUACUUGCCACAAUGCUAGGUGGCUACAUGUUACCAUCCCUUCUGUCCAGUGUAGGGCCAGUGACUUUAAAAAGUAAAUAGGGCCCAAGCACAAAGAAUUAGUUAUAGUUAUUAGUUACUAGUUACUCGAAGGGCCUUAUGAUUUCCGAAAUUGCGGACGGAAUCGCAGAAUUGGCCAAUAAUAACGGAAUCUCAUCAUAAACACUAGCCUGCCCCCUCCCGAACUAAACAUGCCAAAACGGUGACCUGAAACACCAACAAAAGUUGGCAGAAAUACUUUGAAACUCCUGUCUUACAGAGCGUGAAUGGAAGCUAGCGGGGUUAGCUUAGAUUAGCAGAACAUGUUAGCGUGGCUGUGUGUGUACACUGGGGGUGUCCAAGCUUUUUCCCACCAUACGGUAAAAUCUAAGAAUGCGCGGGCCACUUUGAUAUUUUACAUUUUGUAAACCGACCCAUGUAGAUAUGUUUUGUUUAAUAUUUUAAGUUUAAUAUCAGCUUUGUUGUGUUCUCAUGGUAUUACGACUUUAUGCCCGUAAAACGAUUGUUUCUGUUAAUAUUAUGACUUUAUUGUAAUAUUCCGUAAAAUUACUGCAUUACUUCCUUACACUUCUGUUAUUGUUUUGUUAGUUUUCUUGUUUAAUUGUAUUUUUAAAACAUGUCGAGGCCCGAUAAAAAGACAGCCGCGGGCCGCACAUGGCCCCCGGGGUCGCACUUUGGACACCCCUGGUGUUUUACUGCUUGUUAAUGCAAAGCGCAUUAGGAUGCUCGCUGAUGUCAUGCAAGUUCUGAGUGAAAUGAGGACGAGAGGCCCGGUUAUUUUUGCCCCAGCUCGUCAUAACCUUCAACACACAUUCUCAACACACACUACAAACUUCCGGCCUUUGGCUGUUUGCCACAUCCUGUCUAAUUGUGUAAACGAAAUAAGGUUGUCAUAAAAAUGAUCUUACAUAAAUAACGCAAUUGGAAUUGCAUUAGUGACUACAUCUUCCUUAAACACAAGCACGGGCAUUACAGUGUGAGGAUUUUGUAGCAAUGUGUGCAGAGGCUGACGUCCCAUUAGAAAAGUUAGCCAAGCUACUCCCAUUUAUGAAAUCCUGGGUAAAAUUGGCCAACGGUGUAUUGCAUCGAUAAAUGUUAGGGUUUUUGCAUUUAAUUAACAGACAUGUUAUUUACUGUCACAAAAGUACACAUUCUAUGCUGGUAAAAUAAAUGUGAAACGUAAAAAAUGGAAUUAAAAAAAUUUAAAUAGAAAAAACUGAAUUUGGAAAAACAUAAAACGGAAUUUGGGAAAAAAAUAAACAGAUUUUAUAGGGAGGUUUUGUACUCAGAUGCCUCCUGGACGCCUCCCUGGUGAGGUGCUCUGGGAGGUGCUCAGACCUGGAGGGAUUAUGUCGCACAGCUGGCCUGGGAACGCCUGGGAGGAGGUGGCCGGAGACCACAAAGUCUGGACCUCCUUACUGAGACUUCUGCUCCCGCAUCCUGAACCUGGAUAAGCAGAAGACAACGGAUGGCUGGAUGGAUACUACAGUUAUCCCCUGUUUUUUGCCGCUAAUUGGUUCCAGACCGGUCUAGUGGUUAGCAUGUUGGCCAACACAGUAACAGUCUGGAAAUCGGGAAGACCUGGGUUUGAUUCUUCCUUGGGCAUUUCUGUGUGGAGUUUGCAUGUUCUUCCUGUGCAUGCGUGGGUUUUCUCCGGGUGCUCCGGUUUCCUCCCACAUUACAAAAACAUGCAUGUUAGUUUAAUUGGUGACUCUAAAUUGUCCAUAGGUAUGAAUGUGAGUGUGAAUGGUUGUUUGUCUAUAUGUGCCCUGUGAUUGGCUGGCGACCAGUCCAGGGUGUACCCCACCUGUUGCCCGAAGUCAGCUGGGAUAGGCCCCAGCAUGCCCCCGCGACCCUAAAGAGGAGAAGCGGUAUAGAAAAUGGAUGGAUGGAUGAAUGGAUGGUUCCACACCCGAGUGAAUUUAAGUGAAUUUCUGCGAAGUAGGAUUCAAUAUUAAUUAAUGAAACCUGUUUAUGAUUUUCUAAAUACAAUCUUUACCAUUAUUAGAGCCCAGUAGACAUAAAAUAACACCCCUGUAGUCACCUUUACACUCCUAUUAUUCUUUGUUUACAGCACAUUGCUCAAUUGUAACGUCCAUUCUAUGGGAUCACUGCAGGACCACAAGAGACGGCCAUGACUUUAAUCAUUAGCAAGCUAGCGAGCUAACUAGUUAGCCUCCAAUUUAUUUACUCUAUUCUAAACGGAAGAAAGGGUUUAAAACGAAGUGGGGAAGAAGGACAAAGAAUCCAAAAACUUACCACUUCCACAUGGAAUGGGAGGAGAUCUUCUUUUCACUCCAUCAUGUCGGACAUGUCAUGGCUGACUCCAUUCAGUGUACUGGAUGUCUCAUUAAUGGAAUAUGACUGGCGCCUAGUGGCUAGCAUACUACAGUACAGUACAUAUACCAUUUUUUUAUGAUUAAUAUGCAAUAGUCAUCCAAAAAACAGCGAUCAUAAUAUUAAAAAAACAUGACAGAGUGAGGGAGCGAUAACUGAACCACAAUAUUGCGAGGAAUUGCCCUAAAAGUACAGUAGAACCUCGGUUAGCCCCGCCCCUGAUCACGUGUUUUUCAGUUAAAAUGUUUUAACAAAUUUUGCCUCUGUUUACGUACAUUUUCCGGUUAGUAUACAAUAUGCCACGCGUCUUGUCAUGUCACUGAGUACAACUGUGUUCUUAAUUUAUUUUUAUCACAAACCGUCCUUAGCUUCUAACACAGAAGCUAGCUCGCGAUGUUCCAAAAUGCCAACCGGAACCAGAGGCCCGUCUAUGAUGUCAUCGGCGGCUGACUCAAAAUUGUUAACACAAAACACGUUUUCUUAGUUUUACAUGCUUAAAACAAUUCAAGAAAUAAUUCAUGUCAAAACAGGAAGUUGGUGGUGGUUGAUCUCGCUGCCGUAUCAUGUCUUUGGGAACAAUCACGUCAAGAGUCACGUCUUCAGUGAAGCUAAAAGUAACCUUAAAUGUUCACUCAUUCAUCAUUUAUUUGCCAUUAGAAUUGUUUUCUGCAUGUAAAACUACAAUUGUAAAACUCUAAAAACAUGUUUUGUCGUAACAUUUUUGGCUUUCUGGAACAAAGAAAUUGGAUUUACAUUAUUUCUUAUGGGAAAAAAGUAAUGGCUUAGUACCGAAAUCUGUUUUGAUUAGAGUUGGACCUUCUGGAACAGAUUAAUGACGCUAACAAAGGUUCCACUAUAUACUGCAUUGUGUACAGUAUUUAUUUAGUAUUUAGUUAUUGAGCGUAGUACUGUUAUACACUUACUGUUUAUCAAAAAGAAACUUUUAGUGGCUCCAUUUUGGGCUAUUGAGGUGAGAAACGCUGUUGAAUUCAAGAAACAACUCAUGCAAAACACGUAAAAAGUAACCAUAAAUAUUUAUUUAUCCCUUUCAUUCAUCAUUUAUAUGUAUUUUGAUUUUUUUCUGGUAUGUAAAACUACUAGUAAAGCUAUAAAAACAUGUUUUGUGUUAACAUUUUUGGCUUUCCAGAGCAGAUUAAUUUGAUUUACAUUAUUUCUUAUGGGAAAAAUGGAUUCAGUUAGUUUCCAUUUUGGUUAAAGUCGGACCGUCUGGAACCAAUUGAUAACCAAGGUUGGACUGUAAUUGAAAUCAUAGUCCUUCAUAAAUGUACUUAGUUACCAGUACGUAUUACAUUACUUUUUGGAAAAAUGUUCAUCAAUUAUGUCGCAGAAUUGGGCUUUAGCUCCGUCGUGGCGGCGUGUGCUGUUGACAGAUGUGUCAUGAGAUAAGAGUUACGGUAGGUGAGCUUGUGACUUGCAGUUCUUUACCGAAAUGCUAGGGGGCGACCACAAAUCAUGCAGACCGGCUGUUUAGCUUCCUGUGUUUUAGUAGUGAACAACGUCGACUGGGGCAUGCAUCAUUUCACUGUCGGUAACGGUAACACUGUUGUAACGUCUGAAAAGGUAAUUCAUUAGAUCAGCCAUUAUUGGAAAACAAUACCCAGCGCUGCUUCUGUCUUAGUUGUGCCUUUAGUUUGCAACCGCAGGACAGUGGAGAUGCAUCCUGC